UUAAUAUGUGUACUAAUUUCAGUAGUUGCAUUUUCAAAUGCGACUUUUAUUCCUGAACGUAAUGAGUCGAAUAUAUUUCACUCAAUUAAUUCCCAAUUAUCUGAAGUGAGAGCGGAGCAGAAACAUUACGUUAACUUGAUUGAUGGACUAUUCAAGGCAAUGGAUCUUCAAAUACUUAAAGCAGAACAGGAACGAGAAGGAAAGGUAAUAGACGAUCUCAAAACGGAACUGGAACAGCAGAAAAUAAAUGGAGUUGGUAUGGAGUCCAACAUUCAACUUCUAAAAGCACAACUGGAACAACAAAAGGAGGAUAGUCUUGAAAAGGAGUCGAGCAUGAAACUCCUUAAAACAGAGCUUGAACAACAGAAGAAAUACGGAGUUGACAGGGAGUCAAAUAUUCAACUCCUUAGAACAGAGCUUGAACAACAGAAGAAAUACGGAGUUGAUAUUGAGUCAAAUAUUCAACUCCUUAGAACAGAGCUGGAACAACAUAAGUCAAACGGCGUUGAUAAAGAAUCGAAAAUUCACUUUCUUACAGCGGAGCUGGAGCGUCAGGGAAAAUUAAUAGGUGAUCUUAACAUGCAAUUAAAUAAUCAAUCUCUUAAAGAAGAGCAGAAACGACAGGGAAAGCUGAUAGAGGAACUUGUUCAGGAAUCGAAGAAACUCCAUUUGAUGCCCCACCCUCCGAAUUGUACCGAUGCCAAGUCUAGUGGGAUCAAUGAAAUACUCAUCCCCAAGUUUAGCUGUCAACCUUUCAAAGUGGCCUGCGAUGCAGAAACUCGAGGGGGAGGCUGGACGAUUAUCCUGAGGAGGAUGGAUGGAACUGUCGACUUCUAUCGCAACUGGGCUGCAUACAAAGAGGGAUUUGGAGAUUUGAAUGGCGAGUUCUUCUUGGGAUUGGAUAAAAUACACGCAUUGACGGAAGAAAGGAACCAGGAAUUACUUGUUGUCCUGGAGGACAACGAGGGAACGGAAGCUUUUGAGAUGUAUGACAAGUUUGCAAUCGGCGACGAGGAUCAACAAUAUAUCCUACACACCCUGGGAAAUGCGACUGGAACUGCGGGUGAUUCACUCUCUUAUCAUCGUGGCAUGAAAUUUACCACCAAAGAUCGAGAUAAUGACAAUAAUAAAGACGAAAACUGCGCCGUAGACUUCACUGGUGCCUGGUGGUACAAAGCGUGUCACCAUAGCAACUUGGCAGGGAAGUACAAUGAAAACAUCUGGCCCAAGGGUGUCCAUUGGUAUCAUUUUAAGGGUAAAAAGUACUCCCUCAAAAAAGCAGUCAUGAUGAUUCGGCCAACGAAGUCUACGACAUAACAAUAUCCAAGACUUCUCCACGAGUAUACAGUCUAUAUUACUAUAUUACUAUAUAUUACACUGUAUAACUCUAUAUUACAUUAAAAAGACAAAAAAAAAAAAAAACAAAAGUCAAUAUU